UUUUGACAAUUGACAUUUCAAAUAAAAUUUGUCUAUUCCUUUUCCUGACAAAAAGUGUCUUGAGAGUAACAAACAAUGGGUCGUUAUUCUCGUGAGCCCGACAAUCCAGCCAAGUCAUGCAAGGCUCGCGGCUCAAAUCUCCGUGUUCACUUCAAGAACACAUACGAGACAGCUAUGGCUAUUAGGAAACUGCCUCUGCGCCGUGCUGUACGUUACCUUAAGAAUGUGACUGAGAAGAAGGAGUGCAUUCCUUUCCGCCGCUUCAACGGUGGUGUAGGCCGGUGCGCCCAGGCCAAACAGUUCGGCACCACACAGGGACGUUGGCCCAAGAAGUCCGCAGAGUUCCUCCUGCAUCUGUUGAGGAACGCCGAAUCAAACGCUGACCUUAAAGGUUUAGAUGUUGACCGACUUGUCAUCGACCACAUUCAGGUAAACAGAGCACCAUGCCUGCGCAGACGCACAUACCGUGCCCACGGUCGUAUUAAUCCCUACAUGUCAUCACCCUGCCACAUCGAGGUCUGCCUCAGCGAACGCGAGGAUGCCGUAGCUCGGGCAGCACCCACCGAUGAUGCACCAGCCAAGAAGAAGUUGUCGAAAAAGAAGCUGGCCCGUCAAAAGGAGAAGAUGAUGAGGGAAUAGACUAAGGGUUAAUAAAUGACUUAUCAACA